AUGACCAUAUAAUAACAAGCGUAGAAGCUUAUCGGCCAAGUAAACUCUUGGAUCGUGGCUCUAUAAAAGGGCAUCACACCCAAAAGAGAGCCAAGCACCACAAUCUUUCAAAGCGCAAGAACUCGCAAGUGUCUUAAAUGGCAGAAGAAGUAGUGCUGUUUGGUACGUGGGGAAGCCCCUUUAGUCGCAGAGUAGAGUUGGCUCUGAAACUCAAAGGAGUUGAGUACAAAUACAUAGAGGAAGAUUUGACCAACAAGAGUCCUUUGCUUCUCAAAUAUAACCCCAUUCACAAGAAGAUUCCUGUCCUCGUACACAAUGGAAAGCCUAUCGUGGAGUCCCAAGUUAUUCUGGAGUACAUUGAUGAGACAUGGCAAGGAUAUCCCUUGUUGCCCAAAGAUCCGUACGAGAGAGCCAUUGCACGUUUCUGGGCCAAGUUCAUAGACGACAAGUGCUUGCCUGUGAUAUUUAAAGCUUUGUGGGGUGAUGAGAAAGAGCAUGAGAAGGCAGUAGAAGAAGCAUCUGAGCUUCUAAUGUUCAUAGAGGAAGAGCUCAAGGAAAAGAGGUUCUUUGGAGGAGAGAGUAUUGGAAUGGUAGACAUUAUCGCUAACAUCAUUGCCUUUUGGCAAGGAAUUUUUGAAGAAGCUUCGGGAGUAGAGUUGUUGACGAAAGAGAAAUUUCCCAAACUUAUCAACUGGAGUCAUGAGUUCGUGAGCAAUAGUGUUGUCAAGGAAUGUCUGCCUCCAAGAGACAAACUAAUUGCCCAUUUACGAAAGCGCUUUGGGAGUCAUAAUGCUUCCAAAUAGAUGAAUUUAUCAUGGACACUCACAGUUGGUGAAAAUCGCUUGCAUAAUAAUUCACCACUGUAUAGCAAAUUGGCUUUUGCGCCCCAUGUGCUUGUAAUUUCAUCUUAUGUUUUUGUCUUUGUGUAGUGACACUGUUUUUCUUGUUCUUUUCGUUUUCUAUUUUUCAAGCUUUAAGUUUAUGUCCGGCAAGCAAAGCUCAAUCUUGUAAUUCUUCAAAAUGAUGGUUUCUCAUUUC